CGGAAUUACACGCCCUCCUACGUCUGGCCAAAGACCACCAACAGCGAACCAAUACAGCGACAAUUGGACGUUGUACUUGGUUUCAGCUCAGGUACUCUACAUACCAGCUGCAGCCGCCCACCGCCUGACAUUUGGUGUGCUCGGAGGGAUCGGGGGCUUGGAGGCCCUUCUGUUCUGGACGUCUGCCACCAGUGCUGUUUGGGAGGCUUGCAAGUGGGACCAUAUAUAUUCUGCCUUCUCUCAUGCCACCGCCAUAACGCACGCAUCUAGAGUAUCAAACACUUAGCCCAACGUUAUCCCGUGGGUUCCACCAACGCCGUUUACCGGGCCCUCACUGAAUCCCCCGCCUUCAUAGUUCGUAACGAUGUCUACUUUCCGUCCCCUCCGUAUCCUCUUCCUCCUCCUCGUUCUAUGUGCGAUCGCAGCCUACAGCGUGCCUCUAGCACAAGACGGGGAGAACUUCGUUCUCACGGUGACGGCCGCAACCGUCACCGUAAGACCCUCAACCGCCACGCGGGCGCCGCAGCCAGCUUCAACGGCGCAUCAACAGUCGGACCUGGAGGAGAACAUCGUGAAGUAUGUGGCCAAUCCCAGAAGACGCGGUACGGUGGGGAUUAUCAUGAGCUGCAUCUUGACGCUGUUCUUGUGCGUGUGGACCACCAUCGCCGUCAACAUCGAGCCGCCGAUCCACGUGCGCAAAGGCGCGCACUGGAUCGCAAAGCUCGACCAACUUUGUGCGAAGCGCAACGUGCGGAAGAUCGGCUGGAGCCUGACCAGCCUGAUGUUUCCGGAAAUGGCGAUGUCGGUCGCCGCAUUUGAGCGGCGCACCGCGCUGCUGCUGCAGGUGCAUUUGAGGGAGAUUUUCGAUCCCAUGUGGAAGGAGAAGCUGAGGCGCAAGGAGGUCAACCUCACGCCUGAAGGAGAGGAACCGCCAAACCCCUGGAAAGAGCUGUCGCUCUCGUAUUUCGCCGUUAUGGGCGGGUUCCGCGUCGUAUAUAGCAAGAACCGUCAGCACGCGGCCGGCGUGGCGCCCGCCCAGGAGGGCCAGCAGGAAGUGUCCAAAUUGUCGGCCUUUGACUAUGAGGAGGGUUCGCCAUCCGGUGCCGUAAGACCAGGCUCCGAGACCCCCGACCGCAAAGAUUUCACCGAGACCUCGUUAGUCUCGCAGCCAUCAGUGAAUGAUCCCGAGUUGGCGGAAUCGGGCCCACGGCGGGAGCCCGCCGGAUUUGUGCAAGGACUCUUCUCCGGCACCCACCCGUACGACUGGUCUCAGGUGGAUCCCGUGACCGAUGAAGCCGGCGGUACGCUUACGCCUCAUGGUGUGCUCUGGAUAGCAAGGAAGGGAUGGCUACCCGUCGAUGCGAUCUCCCCGGAGUUCGUGAAGGAUAAGUCCAAGGUCAACGCCCUGGCAAAGGUUCUGGUGUGCCUCCAGGCCGGAUGGAUGAUAAUCCAGGCGCUUGGGAGGUUGGCGGCAGGACAGGAGGUCACCUUGAUCGAGCUGCACACUGUCUUGCACGCUUUAUGUGCCGGCACGAUGUAUAUCACUUGGUUCAGCAAGCCAGUCGACAUCGACCUCCCCAUCGAAAUCUACCUCACCGACCAACAAUUCGCAGAGCUGAAGAACGCGGGCUCGGAGCCAAACCCGACCAAUCCCUUCUCGAGGGGCAAGCUCUUCCCACGGAAGGGGAUUCCCGCCGCCGCUGGUGAGGAGGACAAAAAGUACGUGACGUCGCGCGCCGGGCUUGGCAAGCUGAUGUACCAGCAACUGUCGAAGGGGAAGAACAUAUUCGUGAGCAUUACGGACCUGGGCGAUGCGUUUGGGCGCAUUAUCAGUGGCCGCGCGAACCUGGUCUGGGAGGGCACUUGUGUGUGCACCGUGGGCCUCAUCUAUGGCGGCGUGCAUCUCGCCACCUGGAAUAAUCACUUCGAGACCGAGUUCGAGAAGGUCGCGUGGAAGGCUUGUUCUGUCAUCACCGCGGUCGCAAUUCUCGGCUUCGUGCUCGAACUGUGCAUCGGCGCGCUGAUAAAGUUCAUCGAGUGGGAAACUAUCGGAGAAGGAGGGACGGCCGAUGCCGUGAAGACGCCCACCGGGGUCGAAGAGACACCUGCCGCCGCUGAUGUCCACCCAUUUCCCGCCGAAGUCGAAAAGACGCCCGCGACACAUAUCACCGCCGCGCCGGCGGCCGGCCCCGUGCCAUCGAGCAAACCCCGAAAGACUAUGACCAAUAGUUCAAGGCCGGGAAAGGCGCCUCGCCCAGUGAAAAAGUUUGGGAAAAAACGCGACAAACUGUACUGGACUAUUUACAAGCUCAUCGUCGGGUCGACAUCUUUCUUGGGGUUCAUCGUGCUCAUCUUUGCCAGGUGCUUCCUCUUAGUCGAGUCGUUCAUUGCCCUUAGGGGACAGCCUGACGGCGUCUACAACACCGUCAACUGGGUCGAGUCGAUACCACAUCUGUCAUGAGGGAGGAAUGAAGAUCCGCCCACCUGGGGGUUGGAAGUUGAAGGUUAUGCUUGUUGGAUGGAGGGUCCGGAUAUCAGACUGGAUUGUGAUUGGUUUUAUGUUUUACCACACGCGAUCAUGUUUUCAUUUGACUUUGACGGAGGGUUAGUUAUUGUUGUGAUGAUAAUUAGUAAACGCAUAGCAUUCUAAUUUAAUGAAAUAUCUGGAAUGCUCUAUUUAGA